AUGGCGACACGCCGGCUGCCGGCGUUGCUGGGCUUGGCCUUGAUGUCGCGUGCCUUGACGUGGCUCGGUGCAGGACCCUCCGGCAGCCUUGGACGUCCAGCUCGCACCAGACGGGCUGCCCUGCCCAACGGCUUCGCCAGUGAGGAGGAGUACCUGUCCUACCUGAAGGACUCCGGGGUGGACCUCAGCGAGGUCCGCAAAGAUUCCGGGGUGGGCGACUUCUUCGAUGCGCUGCUCCCAAAGACAGGUGUGACCCCGGAGUUCUUGGGGAAUAUCUUCGUUUUUGGGCUCGUGGUCACCCUCAUCAGCGCCACGCUCAAUUUUCUGUUCGACAAGUUCGUGCUGGGUAAGGACGUCCAAGUGGAUCUUUCAGGACGGACCAGCAAAGUCGGCCGCAUUCUGCGGGGAGAAGACAUCAGCAACCUGCAAGAAGAAGAGUCGGAGUUCGCCUUCUUCAAGGGCAGCGCAGAGGAGCUGAAGAAGCUUCGAGAGGAGGAGGAGAAGCAGGGCAUGGAUCCUUUGGCCAACUUGGGCAUCAAGAAGUCCAAGAAGUUUUUAGGCACGGUGCGAAACGACCGGCGCAGACGAGUGGACGCGGAAGAAGGACUGGGAACCCAUCUCCCAACGGAGGGGAACUUCGUUUUUGGGGGCUUCUUUCCUCCAGCUCUUCCCAGAUGGGAUGGAGGCGACGCCGCCCGCGACUUUGUCGGCAGCGUCAACCUGGCCAUGGCCAACGCCAGUGAGAUCCGUCAAGGGGAGAAGCUGGCCAAUGCUGGCACCAUUGCAGAGGCGCAGAAGGCGCAGGCAGCAGUGGUGGAGGCCAUCAGUGUCCUGAAGGAGUUUUACGAGAAGAGUGGGCUGGGCGCUGCCUUGCUACAGGAGGGUUCCAAGGAACCAGUGCCUGGGCUGGGAAAGGCGGACUUCGACACGGCCUACGGCGGUCAGGACGCUGGUGGCGUGGUGCAGCUUUUGCAGCAAAUCUCCGCGGACUUCGCGCGCCUCGAGGCUGACACCAAGGCGGAGGAGCAAUCAGCCACAGAAGAGUUUGAGAAGUUGUCCAAAGACUACAAGCUCAACAAGGCCGAGAAGGAGACGGACCUGAAGCACCUGCAGCAGAGCAAGGUGGAAAAGACCUCGCAGUUGGCCACGAAAGGCGGCGAGCUGCAAAGCGGCCAGCAAGAGCUGGCCGCGGCGCUGCAGUACUACGAGGAACUGAAGCCUCCUUGCGUCAAGGGCGGCAAGGCCUGGCAGGAGCGCGAGAAGCAACGAGAGGAGGAGCUGAAGUCUUUGAAGGAAGCUGUCGAGAUCAUGUCCAAUGCCACGAAGUGA